AUGGGGCCCUUCUUCUUUGCUCGAAAGCCAGGCCACCGAGCCCUCCGUCAGAAUGAUGCUCGCUGUAUCCCCGCGCUGGGAGAUUAUCUGUCUCUCUCGCCUCGGGCGACCGUCGUCUGUCCUGGCUCCUCGUCCGGCCAGGCGGCCCCUUCGUUGCAGAAGGCUUCAAUCCAGCUGCUGUUCGGCUCGCCGGUCCAGCUGUUGUCUAACCAGAACAUCGGCUACCGCCUGGGCCACCGGCGCGCCCUCUUCGAGAAGCGCAAGCGGCUCAGCGAUUACGCCCUCAUCUUCGGCAUGUUUGGCAUCGUGGUGAUGGUCAUCGAGACGGAGCUCUCCUGGGGCUUGUACUCCAAGAAUUCCAUGUUCUCCCUGGCGCUGAAAUGCCUUAUUAGCCUCUCCACUGUCAUUUUGCUGGGACUCAUCAUCGCCUACCACACCCGGGAAGUUCAGCUGUUCGUGAUCGACAACGGGGCGGACGACUGGCGGAUCGCCAUGACCUACGAGCGGAUCCUCUACAUCAGCUUGGAGAUGCUGGUGUGCGCCAUCCACCCCAUCCCCGGGGAGUACAAAUUCUUUUGGACGGCCCGGCUGGCCUUUUCUUACACGCCUUCGCGGGCGGAGGCGGACGUGGACAUCAUCCUCUCCAUCCCCAUGUUCCUGCGCCUCUACCUGAUCGCCCGGGUCAUGUUGUUGCACAGCAAGCUCUUCACGGACGCCUCCUCGCGCAGCAUUGGGGCCCUCAACAAGAUCAACUUCAACACCCGCUUUGUCAUGAAGACGCUCAUGACGAUCUGCCCCGGGACGGUCCUGCUGGUCUUCAGCAUCUCUCUCUGGAUCAUCGCCGCCUGGACCGUGCGCGUCUGCGAGAGGUACCACGACCAGCAAGACGUGACCAGCAACUUCCUGGGAGCCAUGUGGCUGAUCUCCAUCACGUUCCUCUCCAUCGGCUACGGCGACAUGGUCCCUCACACGUACUGCGGGAAAGGCGUCUGCCUCCUUACGGGCAUCAUGGGGGCCGGCUGCACCGCCCUGGUGGUGGCUGUGGUAGCGAGAAAACUAGAACUCACCAAAGCCGAGAAACACGUCCACAACUUCAUGAUGGACACCCAACUCACCAAGCGGAUCAAGAACGCCGCCGCCAACGUCUUGCGGGAGACGUGGCUCAUCUACAAACACACCAAGCUGCUAAAAAAGAUCGACCAUGCCAAAGUCCGGAAGCACCAGAGGAAAUUCCUCCAAGCCAUUCAUCAGUUAAGGGGUGUGAAGAUGGAGCAAAGAAAACUCAGUGACCAAGCGAACACUCUGGUCGAUCUUUCCAAGAUGCAGAACGUCAUGUACGACCUCAUCACGGAGCUGAACGACCGGAGCGAAGAUCUGGAGAAACAGAUCGGCGGCCUGGAGGCCAAGCUGGAGCAACUGGCCACCAGCUUCCACGCCUUGCCUUUGCUGAUCACGGACGCUCUGCGCCAGCAGCAGCAACAGCUCCUGGCCACCAUCGCGGAGGUCCGGGGGCUGAGCACGGGGGUGGCCGCCCCCCAGACGCCCCUCUCGGACAGCCCGCUCGGGGUCAGCUCCACGUCCUUCCCCACCCCGUACACAAGCUCCAGCAGCUGCUGAACCUAGCCAGUGGCAAACCCCAGAGGGCCGUGGGUCGCUUUUUUAUUAAUAAUAAUAAUAGCGAAGAAGAAAUACCGACAUAUAUCUCUAAAAGGGUUCUAGGGCCAACGGGAUCCCGGGCCGAAAGCAAGAGGGCGUGCUGAGAAACCAGGCGUGCCGGCUUGCUCGGGACACGGACCCAUAAGCUUUCAGCUUCGGUGCCUCUAACGUGGAGAGCGGGGGUGCAUGGGGUGGGCGGAUCGGGGCCGCGAGCCCUCUGCCUUUGGCGGACCGCUGGAAAUCCACGUUCAAUCUCAGGUCUUCUAAAUCGAUAACAAGCCAACC